CCCAACAGAUUUAAAUACAAUUCAUGCACAACCCUUCAUUUUCUCAUAUUCUAAAACUUUAGUAUAUAUCAUGAGCCAUUGAAAAUGGUAUAACUGCAGGAAUCCUCUAGAAUAUGAUUGUGGCAAUGCCCCAAGCAGCUGUACCAAAAUGUCAAAAGGGCUUACACAGCUGACAUAAGCUACUCAAAACAGAAUAUGGCAGCACCUCCAUAAAUUUUCUUGCUCUGCCUAAGCCAUGCUUAAUUUAGAUGUACCAUAUGUUUCAAUCCUCCCUCACUCUUCCUGAAGCAUCAUCUAAGACAGAGCUGUGUUAUUCUCUCUGACGGAGGGGGGGAAAAAUAUACACCCCACAAACACCAAGGAACACUGAAGAUUUUUCAAAGAAAGAAUUACCAUCCUUUUUUCUACUUCGGACAUUUGUUUGUUUUUUCCCUCCAAGUAUCUGCCCCGUGGUUAUUUUUUUAAUCAAUAAAGAACAUGUCUGAGCUCAGCCAAAACUCUGACCAAGAGGACUUCUGUUCGGGAGAGAUAGAUGAGGAUGAAAUCUUAGCAAACUUAUCUCCUGAGGAACUGAGAGAACUACAGUGUGAAAUGGAAGUCAUGGCUCCAGACCCCAAAGUGCCUGUUGGAAUGAUACAGAAGGAUCAGACGGAGAAACCUCCGACAGGAAACUUUGAUCACAGAUCUCUUGUUGAUUACCUGUAUUGGGAGAAGGCCUCCAGACGAAUGCAUGAGGAUGAAAGGAUACCAGUCACGCUAUUACCUUCGGAGAGACCCUUCAGAGAAUAUUCUGAAGAAAAUGUUGCCAAUAGUAGCAGUGAAAAGCCAAUGGCCAACAAUGCUGCAAAUGAAGACAUAAAUGAUUACAAAAAGAACAAACAAAUGGAUCAGGAAGAGGAAGAGGAGGAAGAGGAAGAAGAGGAGGAAGAAGAGGAAGAGGAGGAAGAGGAGGAGGAAGAGGAGGAGGAAGAAGAAGAGAAAAUAGAAGAAUCAGAGAAGAGAGAUCUGGAAACAAAAAAACUUAAUGAGAAUGGCAAGAGCACACAGGAAACUACAGGAUCAUCAUACACAGAAUCGGGUGAAAAAGGAGAAAAUGAAAAGAAAGUUUCAAAAUUAAAUAUUCCCAAAAAAUUAGCUCUAGACACUAGUUUUAUUAAAUUAAGUGCACGGCCUUCAGGAAAUCAAACUAAUUUAGAAGGGAGUCUAGAAAGAGUCCGGAGAAAUGACCCAGAAACAACAGAACUCAACUUAAACAACAUUGAGAACAUCCCCAAGGAGAUGCUAGUGGAUUUUGUCAAUGCCAUGAAGAAGAACAAGCACAUCAAAACAUUCAGUUUAGCCAAUGUUGGGGCAGAUGACAAUGUAGCUUUUGCUUUGGCCAACAUGCUGCGUGAAAAUAGGAGUAUUAUCACUCUGAAUAUCGAUUCCAAUUUCAUCUCAGGUAAAGGGAUUGUUGCCAUCAUGAGAUGCCUGCAGUACAACGAGAAGCUUACGGAGCUACGUUUCCACAAUCAGAGAAGUAUGUUGGGUCAUCAAUCAGAAAUGGAGAUUGCCAGACUCCUGAAAGCCAACCCUACGCUUCUUAAGAUAGGCUACCACUUUGAACUUCCAGGACCCAGAAUGGUGGUCACUAAUCUCCUCAGCAGAAACCUUGAUAAGCAGAGACAGAAAAGGAUGGAGGAGCAAAAACUGCAACAGUUAAAGCAGCAGAAAGAAUUCAUUGCCAUGUUGGAGAACGGACUUGGGUUGCCUCCUGGGAUGUGGGAAUUGCUAGGAGGACCGAUACCGACUUCGAUGAUGCCUCUUUCAAUGCAACCUCCAAUGACAGCAGUUCCCAAAACCCCACCUGUUGGCCGAAGAAAUGAACCUGCUAUAAGAGAAGAACCUGAGAAGGAAAGCAGUAGUGACCUUCCUGCUUUCAAGACAGUGAAGCUCAAGAGGACAAAGCGCAAACCUUCUAUCCAGGAAUAUGUAGAGCCAGCUGAAAAAACCAACCUCAAAGAUGUGAUUAAGACCCUAAAACCUAUUCCGAGAAGGCGGCCCCCUCCUUUGGUUGAGACCACUCCAAGAGACAAGCUACUUAAUGAUAUUCGCCAGAGUAAUGUAGCUUAUUUGAAGCCGGUACCUGUUCCCAAAGAGCUGGAAUAAAGCACCCUGUUCUGCUGAAGGAAAAAUCUAGAAAAAGCACCAGACUAUUCAAGUGUUGCUUCAGAAGGUUUCAGGAAUUGAUUCCUUCAGCUGGGUGUCAUGAAGACAUGGGAACAAUGUUUAAAGCAUGUGGUCUGUUGAAGUGAUGAUUGCUGACUUACGAUCUCAAGCAACCAGAUGUAUUUUUAUUUUGGGGAGAGGCAGAAAUGGAAAGGGCUACUUCACCUGUCUCGUUUAAUCAUUGUGCCAUCCCUGUCAUCAGUUCUUCAGGAAAAUGUACUGUCUCCAUAUGAUCUUCUCUCCUACGUUUUACAGAAGCACAUUGCGCAUCCUGUUGUGGUAUUAUUGUUUCAUUCUUCCACUCACUUGUAGUUGUGGGGCAUACUCAGUGGUGGGAUUCAAAUAAUUUAACAAUCGGUUCUCUGCCCUAAUGACCAGCUGGGUUGGCGUGGCUCGGUGGUCAUGUGACUGUGUGAGCGUGGCCAACUCAAUGUCACUCACGUCGAUGGGCGCUUCGCCUUAGCUAUUACAAUGUAAUACGGGGUUAACCAGAGAGGCAGUUUCUGUAAGCAGGGCAAUAAAGAUUAGGCUAGAAACAACACCAGAAUGUUUCCUUCCUGCCUUCCUUACAAGAUUAGCCCUGUAAAGUGGAAAAAAACAAAAUAAGAUUUCUUCCAACAAGAAGAAAUCUCCGAAUUGUCCGAACUGCUUAGAAAGUUAACAACCGGUUCUCCCGAAUAGGUGUGAACUGGCUGAAUCCCAUCACUGGGCAUACCUGCCAGUUUUAAAACCUUAUCUUUUUGUUAAUCACAACUAAUUUUAUUUUUGUUAAAUGAAGGAUGUUACAAGAGAAAUAAACACCAACUUUCAGAUGAAUA